CUUGCUGAUUGUCGGAGGAACAACAAGAACGGUUCACUGCCCAUCAUGGACAAGAGCCGCGAGACCACCACGGGCGUGGAGGUGGAAUUGACCAUGGAAGAGGCUCUCGCCGACAACAAGCAGACCACUUCGGUGCCCUCAGUGGCGCCGAAAUACAUGGGAACGCCCUCGGACCAACGCGACAUGAUUGUUCUGGGCAAAAAGCAGGUCUUGAGGCGCAACUUCAGGUUUGUGACGAUGCUGGGCUUUGGAUCGACCGUCAUCUGUUCGUGGGAAGUCAUCUUACCCGUCUUCGUCUUCGUCUUGAUAGACGGUGGCUACGGAACACUCUUCUGGGGCUUCAUAGCUGUGGCAGUGGGCAUGUUGUUGGUGUACGCCAGCUUGGCUGAAAUGGUCAGCAUGUGUCCGACGGCAGGAGGUCAAUACCAUUGGGUCUCUGAGUUUGCGCCUCCCAAAUAUCAGAAGAUUCUGAGCUACAUGACCGGCUGGCUGUGCUGUACCGGCUGGCAAGUCUUCCUCGCGAGUGUCGCAUUCAUGGUGGGAGGCAUCAUCCAAGGACUCAUUGCACUCAACUAUCCGGACUACGAAUUCGAUCGAUGGCAUGCCACGCUCCUGACCAUUGCGAUCGUGACCUUUGCCGUCAUUUUCAACACGAUCCUCGCUGUACGACUGCCCCUUGUCGAAGGUGUCAUACUGAUGCUCCACAUCGCGGGCUUCUUCGCAGUCUUCAUUCCGCUAUGGGUGUUGAGCCCACGAGCUCAUCCCGACGUUCUGCUCUCGUUUACGAACAACGGCGGCUGGCCGAGCCAGGGGAUCGCCACCAUGAUUGGCUUGACUACCCCUCUCACAGCAUUAAUCGGCUACGAUUGUAGCGUCCACAUGAGUGAGGAACUUCUCGACGCAUCCAUCGCCAUGCCUCGAGCCAUCAUAUGGACAGUGGGACCGAACGCAGUACUGGGCUUCCUCAUGGCUGUGACUCUCUGCUUCGUCGCCGGCGACCCCUCCAAAUUACUCGAAACUGCCACGGGACAGCCUUUCAUUCAAGUCUUCUACAAUGGUACAGGAAGUCUCGCGGCAACGAACAUCAUGGUAGCGAUCGUCAUCGUUUGCCUGACUUCGUGCUGCAUCAGCGAAGUAGCUACGGCCUCCCGCCAACUAUGGUCUUUCGCACGAGACAACGGCGUCCCCGGCUCGACCUGGAUAUCCCACGUCGCACCAGGCUGGAACAUUCCUCUCCGCUCGGUCCUCAUCUCCUUCAUCACAACCUCUCUCCUCGCCUGCAUCAAUCUCGGCUCUUCCACUGCCUUGAACGCCAUCAACAGUCUCGGAGGAGUCUCCGUCCUCAGCAGCUACUUCGUCACCAUCGCCUGUCUCGUAUGGAGAAGACUCUACGGCGCACCCCUCCCUCCCCGAAGAUGGUCUUUGGGGAAAUUUGGUUUACCCGUCAACAUCGCCGCGCUGUGCUUUGUGGUCCCAUUGUGGUGUUUCAGCUUCUUCCCCCUCGCCCAACCCGUAACAGCAGAAUCCAUGAAUUGGAGUUCUACCAUGUUCUGCAGCAUGAUCAUCAUCUCGGUGGUGUAUUACAUCUCAUACGGCCGCCACGUGUACACGGGUCCUGUGGUACUCGUCAAAAGAGAACCAUAG